AUGUCUGAGACUGAAGGUAUCAGGCUAUUUGGCAGGAAGAUUCCGUUACCGGAAUAUCAGAUUCCGGCCAACUCUGGAACCGUGGAUGCUUGCAGCAGCAUAAAGAAAACACAAGUGGAAAUACCUUGUGCAGAAAACUCUGAGCAACAAGAGAAUUCUUCUGAUUUAAGGGAUAGUAAACAAGAGCCCCAACAUAAUGUGCAGGAAAAUGAGCUAAUAGUAAAUCCCAAGCCUGUGGAAGAUAAUAUGAAGUCUGGUAGUACAGAUCAAGAUAAAAUCUUAAAGAAACCAGACAAGAUUCUUCAGUGUCCACGAUGCAACAGUUUGGACACCAAGUUUUGUUAUUUCAACAACUAUAAUGUUAAUCAACCUAGGCAUUUCUGCAAGAACUGCCAAAGGUAUUGGACUGCUGGUGGAACAAUGAGAAAUGUUCCCAUAGGUGCUGGGAGGAGGAAGAAUAAGCACCUAGCCUCUCAAUACCAGCACAUUAUAGUAACCUCUGAUGGGAUUCCAACAUCAACAGACUCAUCUGGUCACCAACAUAUCUCAGGUCUAGAAUCCUCAGCUUCUUUCAUGUCUUUGACAGAUAAUGGGACUGUAUUGAAAUUUGGUCCAGAUACCCCUCUCUGUGAAUCAAUGCUUAAUCUUAGAGACCAGAAAAGAAGUGUUGAUGCAACAACUCCUACCAGUUGUGUAGAAAAUGGAGAGGAACCAUCCUUAUGUGGAUCUUCUGUGACAAAUACUUGUACUCAAGGAAAUGAAUUAUCAGAACAUAACAACACAUCAAAUUUGUUGCAGUGUUACCCAGUUCCUCCAUGGGUAUUACCUUGGAAUCCAGGUUGGAAUAAUGUUGCUUCCAUGACAACUGUUCAUCAAUCUUCAGCAUCCAUGUGUAACCCAUAUAGCAAUGGUCCCACUGCAAUGCAAUGGUGUACCACACCAAUGGUGGGAAUUCCAGGCAUUUGUCCACCAAGCAUUCCUUUGCAACUUGUAUCAACAUCAUACUUGAGUGGAACACCUCUUUGGGCUGCUGGAACUGGGACAGCAUCAAUAGGAUCCAAUGCUUGCCUUUCACCUUCUUCCUCCACUAGUAACAGUUGCUGUUCAGGCAAUGGCUCUCCAACCCUGGGCAAACACACUAGAGAUACAGUUUUAACAUAUGAAGAGAAAUCAGAGAAUUGUGUUUUAUUUCCAAAGACCAUUAGAAUUGAUGACCCAAAUGAGGCCUCAAAAAGUGCUAUAUGUGCUACAUUAGCUAUCAAGCCUCAUAAGCAGCAGCAAUCUGUAUCAAAUGGUGUUAUCUUGGAAACAUUAGAACCUGAAGGAGAAGGAAAAGACCCUUUAUUGGGUGCCUCUCAAAACUUGGAAGCCAACCCAGCAGCUAUUUCCCGUACUCAUGCAAUACAGGAGAUCAUAUAA